UGAAACGUCAUCAAUGUGCUACGAACACCUGGAAGCGCAGCAAGAUGUUUUACUGAAGUUCACAUUGUUAAUCACAAUUUAGAGAAAUAAAAACAACUGUUCCGUCACAUUACGACGCGCCGAAUUGUGUUGAACGGAUCUGAAGAUGAGUGGGAGCGAAAAACAAAUGGAGGACCCAGCAGCCCUGAAGGAGGAGGGGAACGCUCUCUUUAAGGCAGGAGACAUGCAGGGCGCUGUCUGCUGUUACACCAAGGCGUUAAAGCUGACUGACAGCCGGGCUGACGGUGCUGUCCUCUACCGUAACCGCUCCGCCUGCUACCUGAAGCUGGAGGAUUUCAGCAAAGCGGAGGCUGAUGCCUCCAAAGCACUUGAUUCUGACCCAGGCGAUGUGAAAGCCAGGUUUCGGAGGGCUCAGGCUUUUCAGAAACUCGGUCGGCUCGACCAGGCUUUCCUGGAUGCUCAGACGUGUGCGCAGCUCGAGCCUAAAAACAAAGCUUUUCAAGAUCUGCUUAGACAACUGGGAACACAGAUGCAGCAAAAGUCAGCUCAACUAAACUCCACAGAUGCACGCGUGCAGCAGAUGUUCUCCCUCCUCUUAGAUGCUUCUGCUAAAGAUUCAGAUCGACAGAAGGCAGCUCAGAAUCUGGUGGUGUUGUCUCGGGAGGAAGCGGGAGCUGAGCAGAUCUUCCGCAACGACGGAAUGAAGCUAACUCAGAAUCUUCUUCAGUCGAAGCAGGAGGACAUUGUGCUUUCUGCUCUCAGGACAUUAGUUGGUUUGUGCACGGGACAUCAGUCGAGAACGAUGGCGAUAGUGAAUGAACUGGGAAUGGACCAGCUGUGUGCGGUAAUGGGGUCAGGAGCUUCCACUGUGUCUUUGGCCGCCUGCCACCUCCUGCAGGUGAUGUUUGAGGCUUUGACAGAGGGCAUGAAAAGAGAGAUCAGGGGAAAGGACGAAGCGAUCCUUCCUGAACCAUCUAAGGAGCUGCGUUCAAUGUUGCGCCACCUUCUAGAGAUGAUGCCUGCGCCCGAUGUGUCAGGACCGGGCAGGGACAGUGCCAUCAACCUCCUUGUUAAACAAGUUCCCCGCAAGUCUUUGAAGCAUCCUGACAACUCUCUUGCCUUAUGGGUUAUAGACCAAGGGCUGAAGAAAAUCCUGCAGGUGGCUGGGACUGUUCCUGAGCUCUCAGAGGGACCCCCUCUUACGGACAACACUCACAUGAGCUGCUCCGUGCUGCUAAGCAAACUCUACGAUGACCUGAAGAGUGACAAAGAGAGGGAGAACUUCAGCAAACUGUGUGAAGAGUAUAUUCAGCAGCACUUUAGCCAGCAUGGGCUGGAAGGAAAGCUGCGUGCCAUCCAGACCGUGUCGGUGCUCCUCCAAGGUCCGAGUGACGUGGGGAACAGGACUCUGGAAAUGUCAGGAAUGAUGGAUGCUGUGAUCUCUCUCUGCGCUUCCAAACAUGUAAUUCACCAGCAGAUAGCGGUGGAGGCUCUUAUCCACGCGGCGGGCAAAGCCAAGCGAGCGUCUUUCAUCACAGCCAAUGGCGUGGCCCUUUUGAAGGACCUCUACAAGAAGAGUGAGAAUGAUCGUAUCCGUGUGAGAGCCCUUGUGGGUUUGUGCAAGCUCGGAUCAGCAGGAGGUACAGAUUUCAGCAUGAAGCAGUUUGCAGAGGGAUCCACACUCAAGCUCGCCAAGCAGUGCAGGAAGUGGCUGUGUAACGAGUCUUUGCCGCCAACGUCUCGUCGCUGGUCUGUGGAAGGUCUCGCCUAUCUCACGUUUGACGCUGAUGUGAAAGAAGACUUUGUAGAGGACAAAAAUGCUCUCCUGGCUAUGUUUGAACUAGCAAAGUCUGAAGAUAAGACCGUUCUCUUUGCCGUGGGCUCUACGUUGGUGAAUUGCACCAACAGCUAUGAUGUAGAGAAACUAGACCCUCAGAUGGUGGAGCUGGCCAAGUAUGCGAAACAACACGUCCCUGAGGAGCAUCCCAAGGAUGCACAUUCUUUUGUGGAGAAAAGGGUGGUUAAGCUCCUGGAAGCUGGUGUCGUGUCUGCCUUGGUGUGCAUGGUCAAACAGGAGAGUCCGGCCCUCACCGAAGCCUGUAAGGAAUGUAUCUCCAGAGUGUUCUUGGCUUUGGUGGAGCGGCAGGAAGACAGAGGCACUGUAGUGGCUCAGGGUGGAGGAAAGGCUUUGAUUCCUCUUGCAACUGACAACACAGAUGUAGGAAAAGUCAAAGCAGCACAAGCCCUCGCAAAAAUAGCCAUCACGUCUAACCCAGAGAUUGCCUUUCCUGGAGAGAGGAUCUAUGAGGUCGUGCGCCCACUUGUGAACCUUUUGAGACUGGAGUGCACCAUGCUGCAGAACUUCGAAGCACUGAUGGCCCUCACCAACCUGGCUGGCAUUAGUGAAAGACUCAGACAGAAGAUCAUAAAAGAAAAAGCUGUUCCGAAAAUUGAAGGCUACAUGUUUGAGGAACACGACCUGAUCAGAGCGUCUUCUACAGAGUGCAUGUGUAAUCUAGUUCUGAGUUCAGAGGUGCAGAAGCUGUACUUAGCCACAGGGAAUGAUCGGCUGAAGCUGCUGGUGCUUUACAGUGGCGAAGAGAGUGAAAGGCUUCGGAAAGCUGCUGCAGGAACUCUGGCCAUGCUGACUGCUGAACAGCCUGAGCUCUGCACCCGCAUCCCUGAAACUACAACCCAUUGGCUAGAGAUUCUGCAGGCUUUGCUGCUCAGUGAAGUUCCUGACCUACGGCAUCGUGGAGUGGUCAUUGUUCAGAACAUGAUGCAGGCAGAGAAAAGCCUGGCUGAGACCCUCAUGGAGAGCGAAGUUAUGGAGAUUCUUUCCGUCAUCGCAAAUGAGGGGACAGUGGAUCCUGUCUCCAAGAUCGCUCUGGACUGUCUGGAUAAAGCUAUUGAGUACGGCAUCAUCCAAAGUAGGGAGGAGAAGGAAAAGGGCAAAUGAAGGGCUGCAGUUGUGGGUGUGCCUCUCUGCUGUCUUAAGUGCUUUUAGAUUUCAUUUGAAAAUGGGAGUAAUUUCAUUUAUACCAAAAAAUGUGUUUCCUAACUUUUUAAAAUCAAAAAGCAGUGAAGCAAUAACAAAAUUAAUAUAUAACUGUAAAACCAUUACACAAAUAUUGUCAAAUGUAGAAUUUUUCACUGAUUGUGUUUUUGGAGCUGGUUGUAAGGAUAUAGACCAGCCCUUGCACUUUUUUUUUCUCGUCGACCAAUCAUUCUAUUCCAAACUGAGUUUCUUUAAUAAAGAGGACAUUCCUAGAUGGUUUAAACAUUUUUACACAAACAUGCUGGCUAAUCAUUUUAUUUCACAACCAGCCGGAUGUCAUAUUUUGCAUCGCCAUCACUAGUUAGAAUAUUUGUGCUUGUCAUUUUUAUAAUACAUUAUUUCAGGUAUUACUACUUCACUACAUUCUAAGAGAUUUAAAUGUGUGAUUUGUGUGUCUUUCAUUAGUGUGCACAGACUGAAAAUAAAUAUUUCUAUUGGAAUUAA